UGGGUUAGGCAUGCUAUAAGUAGUGAGGUGAUGUGGUGUUAGACACACAUCUGAGAAAGAAGAUUGCUCGACAUGGCACUAAGGACAUCAGCUCUGCUCUCUGUGGGCUUUUUCCUCCUGCUGACAUGUGGCGCUCUUACAGACACAGAUGAAGGAUCCCUCUCUAUCAAACUGUCUGUGGAGAACGAGCAGUCUAACGAGCCUCUCAAGUCCUACUCCAGCAGUGUGGUAAAGGGAGGUGUGCUGCUGGGAGCUCUGAGGAGACUGCACGAUGCACAGCACGACUUUAAGUUCACAGUGAAGGAGGACCCAAACUUUGGCCUGUUCUUGGAGAGUGUGAAUGGAGUGGCUGGAAAUAAGGAUGAGAAGACAUACUGGGAGAUCCUGUCUGAAAGCUCCGGAGAAUUCAACAGACUGGAUGUGGGGAUCGGCUGCUACAUGCCCAAAGCGGAUGAACACAUCGUCUUGAGGUACACCACCUGGAGUCCUCAACAGUGAUGCAUGCUGAGCAGUAACUCCUCAGGAUCACAUGUGGAAGGGAAUCAGUCCUAAAUCUCACACUGGUGAUGCACUUUGUGACAAAACAGCGACAUCUAGUGGUUUAACCUGUAAUGUCGUUUAUUAAAGGCAAUGACAGAAAAAAACA